AGCUGCUCAGCUCCGGGCUGGUGCCGUCCGGAUCAGAAAGCUGCCGGACUCCGGACUGGAGACACGCAGCGGAACGAGUCCUCUGUGCUCCGGGAUCCUGACACAUUUUUACCGAGUUUGACGCCCCGGCUACAGCAGGCUGUUUGUUGUUGACUUUUUGUGGAUUUAUAUUUAAAGAUGCUUCAGACCAAGUAGAAGAACCGGACCGAGCGGGUUCUCCGUCCUCCGGGACGUUUAAGGACGCAGAUUGUGGAUUACAUUUUGACACAAGACUUUGCUGCCUUUGGACAGAGGACUGACUUUAUUUCUGAUGAAACAUUUCUCUUCAGAGUUAGCCACAGAUCGUGUCAGUGAGCGGAUUAGCACCGAGUCAAGAACCUGUCUCUGGCGGUCUCUGCUGAACCCUCUGGACCCAGUUCGGUAGGAAGAGCGGCUCCCAGUCCGGGCUCUCAAGAUGUUGACUGCGCACACUGGACACUUGCUCCACCCGGAAUAUUUACAGCCUCUAACGUCCGCACCAGUCAGCAUCGAGCUGGAUGCUAAGAAGAGUCCGCUAGCCCUGUUGGCUCAGACCUGCUCUCAGAUUGGUAAACCGGACCCUCCAUCUUCCUCCAAGCUGACUUCUUCUUGCAGUCAAGGAGAAAAGGAGUCCAGCAGUCGGACGUCUUCUUCCAGCCUAAAGACGGGGGAGCACCGCCCCUCCCUGGAGGAUAAGUCCAGCUUCAAACCCUACAACAAAGGCAGUGGAGACUCUCGCAGCAGCAGCUCUAGCGGUGAUAAAGUUGGGUUCAGAGUACCCAGCAGCAAUAAUAUUACCACUAAUGUACAUUCAAGCAGCGGGUUACAGUCCUGUCCACCCCACUCUGCUUCGCCCGGCUCUAGAGUCAGCAACACGCCUCCAGGACCCACUCAGCAGCAGCACAAGCUGAGCCAGUCUCCUGGUGGACAGCCCACCUCGCAGUCCCAGACUCCCACCUGUGAAUCCACUCAGGAACAGGGCAGUCCUGCCAGCAAUAAUAAUGUUGCUAAUCCCAGAAAAGAGGCUGAUUUAACCAAGGCCAGCUCUGACGGUCCACAUCAUGCUAAUUCUAGCCACGUUCGAGCCAGCACCAACUGCAGCAACAGCAGCUCCGACGGUGGCUCCAACCACGAUGGCGGGAAAGCUGAGACCCUCCAGCCAAACCUCGGACCUGGACACAUUACACCUAUUUCCCCCUAUAAGACCAGCCAAACGCUCUUCCCCCUCCCCACCUCCAACAUGGGCUACCAUGGAUCUGUCAUGGGGGGUUACGCAGGCUACCCGUCACAGUUCGUUCCGGGACUGGAUCCAUCCAAAUCAAGCCUCAGCGUGAGCAGCUUGGGAGGAAAACACCCGAGCUCCAGCCCUCUCACUGGUGCCUCCCCACCCUCCUUCAUGCAGGGUUUAUGUAGGGACCCUUACUGCCUAAGCUACCCAGGUGUGUCCCACCUUGGAGGAAGUAACUGCAAUUCCUGUAUCCACGACCCUUCGUCCACCCUGAAGCCAAGCUUUCCCCUAGUGUACCCCUCCCAUCCACUUCACCCCCUGUCGUCCAGUGUGUCCCCCUCCCUCUCUCAUCCACUCUACACAUAUGGCUUCAUGCUGUCCAACGACCCCCUUCCUCACGCAUGCAACUGGGUGUCAGCUGGAGGUCCAUGUGACAAGCGUUUUGCCUCCUCAGAUGAACUCUUGGCUCACCUCCGGACCCACACAGCUCUGCCCGUGGGGAUGGACAGUAAGCUGCUCGCCGUUUCCUCCUCUGGAUCUGCCUCCUGCCACCUUCACCUCCCACACCAGAGCAGCCCGGGGUCCAUGCCCAGCUCUCUGUCUCUCAGGGCUCCUCCCAGCCUGGGUUUAGCUCGCUAUCACCCCUACAGUAAGGUUCAUGUACCUUCUGGACCUUCCUCCAUCUCCCUGCACUCUCUACCCACAACGGGUCCAUACUACCCUCAUUACGCUCUCUACAGCCAGAGACUUGGAUCUUCUAUUGGAUACCAAUAGAACAUUUUCCUUUUUAUAUAAAUUGUUUAUAUAAUUAUAUAAUUUGGGGGAAAAUAUUCAUGUCAUCUUCCACACAGGACAUUGGGUGAGAAAUCUGGAACAGUUUUCAAAAGUCUCCUAAAUGUGAAUCUGCAGCUAAUUGGCAAAGCUUGGCAUGACCAAAAGAAAAGCUGUGAAAUUUUCAGCUACCAGCACCUUCACAGCUCACAUUAAAUGUUUAAUACCAAUCAAAAAGGAAUUAGGCACUUAUUGUGAUGCUGUGUAAUUGGGUACCAGUUCCCUUCUUAUCGUUUCAUUAAUUUCAUUUAUUUAAUCAGAUUAAAACCCAUUGAAAUCAAGGUCUCAUUUGCAAGAGGAACCUGGGAUCAACACAUUAUUUAGUUUCAGGUUGUAUCCCUCUGGGCUGCACUGGUUGUGUGAAACUAACUGGCUUAAAAUUGCAAGAAAAUAGUCAGAUCUGCAGUUGUGGUCUCACAGAUCUCUGAGCAUGUGGUCAUAUUUGGUGUAGCCAGUUUAUUUAAAUCACAGCUUAUUUCCAAGUGCACAGCUGACUAAGGUGUACUCUAGGCUGUUCAGGUUAGUUUGUUGCCUCCUUGGCUUUCUUUGCAGUAGCUGCGUUUUCAUUGCCCAUGAAAAUGUGCAAAUUAGAAUUUGGAAAAUAAAUUUGCUCAAUGGAAACACGUCAA